CCACACCAAAUCAUUAAACUACCAACUACUCUCGUCCCUUUGUGUGAGCAGCAGGUGCCAAACACGCGCAGCCAUUUCCGUCUUCGCUCCAAUUCGCUUCGUUUGAAAUGGUAAAACAGCACAAAACAGAUCAAAAACCGCGUUCUCUUUUAGAAUCUUCUUCUUCUAAAGGAAGCUUUGAAUCAACCAAGAAUCGCUUCACUGCGACUUUUCCUUAUCACGUGAAUAUUCAUCUCUGAUUCUAUAUGCAUAUAUAAUUCCUGUUCUUUUCUUUCCUGGCUAAGUCUUUAAAAUUAUUUGCUCCGUUUGGCCGGCGAGAAAAUCGAGGAUGAGAAAAAUGGAAUUGCGUAACAGCUUUUCACCUAGAUUUAGAGAUCUUAAAGAUUCUUUUCGCGGUUUCAUAUCUAGAAGUCAAGUAGUAGAAGUGGAAAAUGAGAAAUCAGAGAAAGGAAUAGUAAUGAAGGAAUUCUAUAUUCCGGAUUACAUUCUUGUCCCUGGAUCAGAGAUUGAGAAUGUGUAUGGUGAUGAUGAUGAUCAUAAGCCUUCGUGUCCUGUGAUCGUGUUUAUUAACUCUAGAAGUGGGGGCCAGUUAGGAGGGGAACUUCUUGUUACUUAUCGUACUCUUCUGAACAAAAACCAGGUUAUUGAUUUGGGAGAAAAGGCUCCUGAUAAGGUCCUCCAUCAAAUAUAUGCUACCUUGCAAAAACUGAAGAACAAUGGUGAUGAAUUGGCUACUGAGAUUCAGAAACGACUUAGAAUUAUUGUUGCAGGUGGAGAUGGUACAGCUGGUUGGCUACUUGGUGUAGUUUCUGAUCUCAAACUGCCUCAACCUCCACCGAUUGCUACUGUUCCAUUGGGAACUGGAAAUAACCUCCCAUUUUCAUUUGGCUGGGGAAAGAAAAAUCCAGGCACAGACCGUUUGGCUGUAGAAUCAUUCUUGGAACAAGUACGACUUGCUAGGGAAAUGAAAAUUGACAGCUGGCAUAUCAUCAUGAGAAUGAAAUGCCCAAAAGAAGGUUCCUGCGACCCUGUUCCACCCCUUGAACUACCCCAUUCACUGCAUGCAUUUUAUCGUGUCUCUGAAUCAGAUUCAUUAAAUAUGGAAGGUUAUCACACUUUUCGUGGGGGUUUUUGGAACUACUUCAGUAUGGGAAUGGAUGCUCAAGUAUCAUAUGCCUUCCACUCUGAGAGGAAAUUACACCCAGAAAAAUUUAAAAAUCAACUGGUUAAUCAGAGUACUUAUUUAAAACUUGGAUGUACACAAGGAUGGUUCUGUGCCUCUCUUUUUCAUCCUACUUCACGGAACAUAGCACAACUUGCAAAGGUUAAAAUUAUGAAAACAAAAGGUCAAUGGGAGGACCUCAUCAUACCUAGCAGCAUCAGGUCUAUCGUAUGCCUCAACUUACCCAGUUUUUCUGGUGGUCUCAAUCCUUGGGGAAAACCCAGCGGGAGGAAAUUGCAUGAUAGGGAACUGACACCUCCAUUUGUAGAUGAUGGCCUCAUUGAGGUUGUCGGUUUUAGGAAUGCUUGGCAUGGGCUUGUUCUUCUUACUCCAAAUGGGCAUGGGACUCGUCUUGCACAGGCAAGUAGAAUUCGUUUCGAGUUCCAUAAAGGUGCAGCUGACCACACAUUCAUGAGAAUUGAUGGGGAACCUUGGAAACAACCACUCCCUGUUGAUGAUGACACAGUUGUUGUGGAGAUUUCGAAUCACAGCCAAGUGACCAUGCUUGCCACACCAUUAUGUCGAUCCAAAAGUAUACAUGAUCCAGCAUCACCUACUAACAUUGACCAUGAUGAAGAGGAGGAUAAUACUGAUGAAGAUGAUGAAUCUGCUGAAGAUUGGGAAGAACGGAGAAAGUUUGGAGCUGCUGACACUUUCAAAUUUCCAGAUGAUUUUGACAUAUCUCAACUUAGUUAAGCAAGGAACUCGGUGUUCCUUUCAUGUGCCAUUCUCCAUAGUUUUCUACUGCUGAUUAGCCUCAGGUUUUGGUUGCAUUUUAGGUUAUUCCUUUUUCUAUAGUUGAGGACUCCCAUGAUCAGGAGAACCGAAUGCAUUCAGUCACAGUGUACAGCUAAAUAUACUUUCUAUACUAUCUACCCUAGAAAAGAAAAGAUCAAUUUACAGAAUCAUGGGUGGAUGUCUGAACUUUCCCACGAUACUCCACAUCUUACAGUGUUU